AUGGGGCUGCUGUCGCACCGGGUGGAGCGGUCGGAGCUAAAGCCCGGCGACCACAUCUACACAUGGCGCGCCGCCUACUCCUACUCCCACCACGGUACGUGUGAAUUGCAUGUUGGGGCCGCCAUCCUUCUCGCCGCAUUUCGCGUUUCCGGGCGGCUAAUUCGGCGGAGAGAGGAGUGUUGCUUCGACAUCGGUUUUGCCUUGCUCGUUCUGCUCUGCUCGUGCUCUGCCUCUGCUUCCAUUCCCUCCCUACGUACGUCCGCGAGCAGAUUCUCGCAGUUAAUCGCGCUGGGGUGUAUUUGCAGCAGCUUAACCGUACUGCUAUGUUCUGCCUUGCUCGUUCUCGGACCUGGAGGGAAUGGAGUGUUGCUUCGACACCGGUUUUGCCUUGCUCGUUCAGCACUGCUCUGCUCGUGCUCUGCCUCUGCUUCCAUCCCCUCCGUACGUACGUCCGCGAGCAGAUUCUCGCAGUUAAUUACGCCGGGAGCAGCUUGGCCGUACAGUAGGCUCAGCGUCCUCGUCGGCUUCCCUAAUAGCGGACGCGUAUUUCUGUCGGUACGCUUCUGGGUCCCGUCGAAUUUGCUGCAUCCUUGA